AUUUCAUGUCUCUGGUAUAGUUUCACUAUCAAUUUAUUCCCUUGUCUCCCGAGUUCCUCUAACUAUUAAUUGAGUACUUGAGUUAGAUGGAUUGUUUUGUGGGGUUGGACCAAGUAUGUACAUUGAUUUUGUGGGGGACUGGAGACACAAGGCCCUAUGUCUUGUAUUAGCUAAUAAGCCAUAGGAGUUUGAGGAGAACAUGGGGUCAUAUUGGUCUCCGCAUGAAAACACACCAGCCAAACCAAAGCAAGACCAUGGACCCGUUCUAUAUAUAAAGCAACAAGGAACCAAUAAGCCCUACACACCAACAUUACUUGCCUUGCUCCUCUUGGCUCCAUUUCUUCUCAUCUUCUGCUCUGGGCUGGAGGUUGAUAGACCCUUUGAAGGCACCAUGGUUGUAUCAAGUUCUUUACUGAUUGCUUCUGUGACUAGUCAAAUAUUCAUCUCCAUGGGAAAGUAGUUGGUCCGUAGAAGGGGAAAGAAAAAUGGGGAAGGGUGGCAGUAGUGUUUUAAGAGUUAUCUCUGGAGCUGUGUUGUUGUUUGGGGUAGUUUGGUUCUUGUGCGUUGGAGUCUUAGCAAACCAUGCAACCAGAAAAUUGCAGAGAAUUGCAGUUUCAUCAACUGGGAGGCAUCACUUUCAUGAGGGGUCGGAUCUCAAUUAUGUCAGCAAGAGAAGAGUGCCCAAUGGACCUGAUCCAAUUCACAACAGGGAGAGCGUCCCAGUCCAGAAAGCCACCAGGUCGAACAUAGCAAGAGGGAUCGUAGCACCCUCCGAGCUGUGAGCCACUGAAUUCAGCAUCGAGUAGUAUAGGUUUUUCUUAAUACAGUUGUGUCAUUACUAAUCUAGCAAAGGUUUUUGGAGAAUCAUCGUGGUCCUGUUCGAUGACCAUCGGAGCAGUGAAUCAGAAGGUCGACGAGGAGCGGCUCCCAUGCAGCGUGCUGCAUCUACGAGGAAAGAAAGGGUACACCUUUGGAGGGGAUUCGUGUUCCUUUGUUUAAUCAAAGGCCUCUGCCAAAGAUGAAAGCUGCCUGAGGGGUCUUUGCUUUUGCAUGGAGGGAGUGUUCCUUUGGAACACCAUCCAAGAAAGAAAAGGUUCCUUUGUCUCCGUACGUGAUUAUAUUCGUGCUUCUUAGUUUGCUUUGCUUUUGUAGAGGAAGUUGCUUGCUAGUAUUCAUCUACUGCUGCUGAUAUCUCUUUUGAAAAUGGAUUGGCUUUCUUUCUUUCUUUCUUUUACUACACUUUUGCUUUUGGUUGUUCAAAAACACCAGGUAAAGCGUAUUUUAGCCAUUAAGCAAAGGUGCCCCCUUUCUCUUUCUACCAUUGUUUUUAGGCUUCAAUCGUGCUGCUGUUGCUGUUGGUUUCUGCCUUUUCCUUUUUCAAGUUUAUCUUGGGCGAGACCAGUCUUGUGGAAUCAUAUAUACUAG